AUGCAGUUAUGCGUUGGUGGAAAACAAGACGAUAACACAAUGAUUGGGAUGCAUGGAUUAGGUUUCAAUACGUUUUCAUUUUACGAUGUUCCGAGUUUCAUUAGCGGAGAUUCUAUUGCGUUUUUGGAUCUUCAAGAGAAAUUCUUGAGACAACGUGGAAUAAUUGGCCCUUUUCCAACAAAUGGCAUUGAGGGACUUUCUGAAAAGGACCAGUUGGUCCCUUUUGAGGGCAUCGAGGCAUCAAUUUUCGUUCGAAUUUUGAGGGAAUACUCUUUCGAAUCCCACUUCGAAGGGAAGCAAGUAAAAUAUCUGACAGAACUUUCUCGAUAG